UUACUUUUGUGCACAACCUUUAAUUCCUGCCACCACAUGCAGUUUCCUAUAAAUGCAUAGAGAAUAUUCACAAUUAAUGACACUGCUAUACAAGUACAGUAGUGUGCCUUUAUUUCUAAGUAUGCAUUUUAAGAUAAUUGCUGUUGUUUUCCUCUGGGCACACAAAUGAAUGUUGUAGUAACAGGAACAAUGGCGACCUUGAUGCAUGCAUCAAACACAACAACGUUCGCGUCUCACCUAGGUUACAUUCUAAUACAGUAUUGGGGAAAGGCGUGACGUCACGCCUUACAAAGAGAGGCACGAGCGUUUUGUCGGUAAUUGAUCGUUACGCCGGCGUGACAGCAGUGUGACAUGCACUGAUCGAGCUGCAUCAUGGAGGGUUCCGUGAGCUCACAACUCGUCAAGGUGCUCGCCGGGGUCGCGAUCGCCUUCACCGCCACCGUGCUGAUGCACGUGCGAGACCCGUCCGACGUGCUGUUGGACAGCGGGUACGGUUACCCCGAGCUGUGGCGGAAAACCGGCCUGGCCGGAGCUCCGGCGCGCGCCGCGGCGUGCAUCCUGGCGGGCGCGCUGCUCCUGGCGGCGGGCUGGCUCUACCGGCUCCUGUUCGCUCCCCUGGAGCUGCUGCGGAGUCCCGACGAUGUGGGAUACGUCGCGGAGGACGGGCGCUCCCGAGCGCGUGCCGCCAACGAGGUGCGGCGGAGGCGCAAGACCGGGGAACUGCCUCCGGUCUACCCGAACGGCUGGUACCGGAUCCUGGACUCGCACAUGCUGGAGCGGGGAGACGUCAAGAGCGUGACCGUGCUGGGUGAGCAGGUUGCUGUGUUUCGAGGUCAGGAUGGGAAGGUCUAUGUAAUGGAUGCCUACUGCCCCCACCUAGGGGCUAAUCUGGCUGUAGGAGGCAGAGUGGUGGGCAACUGUAUAGAAUGUCCCUUCCAUGGGUGGCAGUUUCGAGGAGAGGAUGGGAGGUGUGUCAAAAUCCCAUAUGCUGAAAAAGUACCAGAGUUUGCUAAGGUGCGCUGUUGGUUCAGCUGUGAGAUUAAUGAGCAGAUCUUGGUUUGGUUCCACUGUGAUGGAAAGGAACCAGGCUGGACGAUACCUGAGCAGAAAGAGAUCACCAACAAGGAGUGGGUUUACCGUGGACGCACAGAGCACUUUAUCAAUGCUCACAUAGAGGAGAUCCCAGAGAAUGCUGCAGAUAUUGCUCACCUGGCCCAUCUCCACACACCGGGUAUUGUGAGUGGCGUCGACCUUCGUUACACCAACAGUAAAACCUGGGAGUUCAUCCGCCAUGACUGGAAGGUGGAAUGGAAUCCAGAGCCAGAGCCGAAUAAGCACUGUUCUCAGAUGUUGGUCAAGCAUGCUCUCACUGUAUUUGGUAGACACUGGCCUCUAUUGGACCUGAACGUAGUGGCCAGACAGGUUGGCCCAGGUGUAGUAUUCCUGCUGUUUAAACACAGCUUCUUGGGCCAUGGUGUGAUCUUGCACUGUGUGACCCCAGUGGAGCCGCUGCUGCAGUGUGUGUCACACACCAUCUUCUACCAGAACAACAUUCCUCCACUGGUGCCAAAAUUCAUCCUGCGUGCAGAGUGUAUUCAGUUUGAGCGGGAUGUGAUGAUUUGGAACAAUAAGAAGUAUAUCUCUAAACCAUUGCUGGUGAAAGAGGACUCAGCCAUCCAAAAACACCGGCGCUGGUAUAGUCAAUUCUACAGCGAGAACAGCCCACGUCUGCGUUUCCAACACGACACGCUGGACUUCUGAUUAAAAAUAUGGCCUGGACUCAAGAUGUUGUGCAGUUGUUCGAAUGAUCAGGACAGGAUGUUUGCCAAGGAUCUGAUCAAUGAAAAAAAAAAUCCUUUUCCAGUCCUGAAACAUAUUGGUGGAUUAUAUUGAGUUGAGUUGAGUUGAGUUGAGUUGAGUUGAGUAAGAUAAGCCCCAAAAUAUUUACCUGUUCAACGAAUCAGGACUGAAAAAUCUCAAAAACCCUAAUGGUAGCAUUUUUUUUUAAGGACCAUGCUGUCUUUAUCGAAGUGCCUGAGAGAAUUAUGAAUCACUGAGCAAACUUUCUCUCUCUAUGAGAAUCGCUGUAGCUUGACUUUAUUGCGGUGCAAUCAGGGGAAAUCAACGCAUCACAACACAUCACAGACAGAAGAGCUCUUCCAGCUAAUGCAAGCAAUAACAGCAGACAGGACAGAAGACGAACUGAAGCCACAAGACCCAAUCAUUUCUACACUGUAAAUUAAGAGGAUGUCCUCUUAGUAUUACCGAAAUGCAGUUCAUGUAUUUGUGCACCGGUCUCCGUAAUUACAUAAAAAACCCAGCCACUCUGAUUUAAACAAGUAUGUAUCAUGAAUGAUUCAAUACAUACACCACUGCAUAGUAAGUAUCAUGCUACUUUCUAAUCUUUUUCUUUAUUAGUCGUGCACAAUUCUUUAGAAAUGAUAUCGAAGGUGGUGUGGUCUCUGUGUCUGUCUGGUAGAACUCUAUAUCACAUUAUAUAAGAUUUUUGGUGGCUUCAAAAAUAUCUGCAUUAUGCUGGAUAAGUAAUCCUGCAUCAACAUGUAUUACAGUAUCUCAGAAAGGAAGAUGAAUAAAUGUAUUUAAGGAAAUUUAUAUAUUUUAUUUAUUUAUAGGUUAUUUUAAUGUUGUUGAAUGUCUACGAAUCAAGUUACAAUUUAUGUAAUGAUAGAACACAAUUUGUUCUAAAGACUUAAACUCACGAAGUACUGACACUGGAGACUCCUUCCAAAAAAACAAACACCUAUAUGCGUAUAAGUACAUUAAUACUGUAUAAACCUGUGAUCUGCCUUUAUGAUGCUGCUUCUGCCAGCUUGGUGAAAAUAAAAGAUAACUAUUAGUCUAAUCAGAUUAAA